AUGGCUUCCUCUUCUCACAUAUAGAGUUGAUUAUUUCCACAAAGAAAAAGCAAGGCAAAUAGUUGAGGGGGACGGGCUAGAAAAAGCUGAUGCCAAACCGGACCAGCCUGAGAGGAAGCGCCUCGGCCCGGGCCUUACUCUCCACCGACUGCGUGAGGAUGAGCUCCAGGUUUUCUUUGGGCCGAUGCUUCGUGUCCUCCACCAGUUUAUAGACGCGAUGUCGCCGGUGCAGGCGCGGCUUCCGGCCCUCCCCGGCCAGCGGUACCUUCCACCAGCGCUCCACGAUGACCGUGCCCUGGCGGCCAGGAAAGCGACGCAUCACUUAUAAGGAAGAGGAGGACUUGACACUCCAGCCCCGUUCCUGCCUCCAGUGCUCCUGAGUCCCUAGUAGGCCUCCAGGAGGGCAAAAGCACCGAGCAGGGUAACCACGACCAGCUUAAAGAACUGUAUUCGGCUGGGAACUUGACGGUGCUGGCUACUGACCCCCUGCUCCACCAGGACCCAGUACAGUUAGACUUUCACUUCCGCCUCACCUCCCAGACCUCUGCCCAUUGGCACGGCCUUCUCUGUGACCAUCGACUCUUCCUGGAUAUCCCGUAUCGGGCCUUGGAUCAAGGCAACCGGGAAAGUUUGACCGCAACCCUGGAGUACGUGGAAGAGAAGACAAAUGUGGACUCUGUGUUUGUGAACUUCCAGAACGAUCGGAACGACAGAGGUGCCCUGCUGCGGGCCUUCAGCUACAUGGGCUUUGAGGUGGUCAGACCAGGUCACCCUGCCCUCCCUCCCUUGGACAAUGUCAUCUUUAUGGUGUAUCCCCUUGAAAGGGAUGUUGGCCACCUGCCCAGUGAGCCUCCUUGAACAUGAUUAUUCCAACGCUUUGAGGGGCUGGAAGCCUUGACACAUGGAAUCAGGGGCCCGGGAUGUGAUUCAGGACACUUUCCAUCCUAGAAAUAAAGGGUAGUGCAAUCAUCAA